CCCCAAGUGCCAGCAGUGCCGGAAGCGGAGCGUUUUCCUGGUCCGGCCGCCGGGAAUGGCGCUCCUCCCGGGUGAAGAAUGCACCACUACCAGUCGGGACGCACUCGUGCGCUUAGCACACAUUUACGCUCGCCUGCCGCGGGCCGCUCUCCGUGCUGGGCCUGGGAAGAGAGUCAGCCACGCCGAGGACAGUCCCGGGGGCUGGGGUUAACCGAGUGGACGCAGCUGCGGGGGAGCCCGUCGGCGCGCGUCCUGCCAGUCGUAGGGUCGUAAGGGCUUCGGAGGGUAGAGGACCGGUGCAAACCAGCCACGGGAUAGUGGGGAGCGGGAGGGCCGGGAGAGUGCUGCAGAAUCCUCGAGGAGAGCGUUUGCAGCUGGGGAGGGUCCCAGCCUUUAGAUGCCGCUACAUGGAGGUCUGGGCGAGCAGGCUUCCGGAGAGUGGAGACGGAGUGGGGUUCCUAGAACGGAGUGUGCUGUGAGGGUGAGGAGAGGGUCCCGCAACCGGAUGGAGAUUUGUGCCUGCGGUGAGGGAAGGGCUAUAAUGUAGGUGAGAGGGGCUGGGGGUCUCUGACCCCGGAGCGCUGCGGGGAAGAGGCGUCCCUGCACCCCCCUUUCCCUAGUGAAAGGCAGCUGGAUGCAGAGAUGAGUGGAGACAGGCAAGCUUGUCGGUUUGUGUGUUUUGAAGGUAGGGUCUGUUGCCAGCUAACCACAUGAGAGGGCUAAAAGUUUCUUAACGUGAAAACCAGGCUGGCUUGGAGAACCCAGAGUUGACAGGAUUUGUGCUUGGGAAUGGGCUUUCUUAUGGUGAGACACCAAACAGCAAGCGUGGACAGUGGAAUGCAUCCAGCCAGGAGCGUCUUCCAACAGGUGCAGGAGAACUCCCCAGCCCAGCAGGCGGGCCUGGAGCCCUACUUUGAUUUCAUCAUCACCAUUGGGCACUCGAGGCUGAACAAGGAGAAUGACACCCUGAAGGCACUACUGAAAGCCAAUGUGGAGAAGCCCGUGAAGCUGGAGGUGUUCAAUAUGAAGACCAUGAGGGUGCGCGAGGUGGAGGUGGUGCCCAGCAACAUGUGGGGCGGCCAGGGCCUACUGGGUGCCAGUGUGCGCUUCUGCAGCUUCCGCAGGGCCAGUGAGCAGGUGUGGCAUGUGCUGGAUGUGGAACCAUCUUCACCUGCUGCCCUUGCCGGCCUGCGCCCCUACACAGACUAUGUGGUUGGUUCGGACCAGAUUCUCCAGGAGUCCGAGGACUUCUUUACGCUCAUCGAGUCUCAUGAGGGGAAGCCCUUGAAGCUGAUGGUGUAUAACUCCAAGUCAGACUCCUGCCGGGAGGUGACUGUAACUCCCAACGCAGCCUGGGGUGGAGAGGGCAGUCUGGGAUGUGGCAUUGGCUAUGGGUAUCUACACCGGAUCCCAACUCAGCCCCCCAGCUACCACAAGAAGCCACCUGGCACCCCACCACCUUCUGCUCCACCACUUGGUGCCCCACCACCUGAUGCUCUACCACCUGGACCCAGCCCCGAGGACUCUCCUUCCCUGGAGACAGGUUCCAGGCAGAGUGACUACAUGGAGGCCCUGCUGCAGGCACCUGGCUCCUCCAUGGAGGAUCCCCUUCCUGGGCCUGGGAGUCCCAGCCACAGUGCUCCAGACCCUGAUGGACUUCCCCAUUUCAUGGAGACUCCUCUUCAGCCCCCACCUCCAGUGCAGCGAGUUAUGGACCCAGGCUUCCUGGACGUGUCGGGAAUUUCUCUCUUGGACAACAGCAAUGCCAGUGUGUGGCCCAGCCUGCCCUCUUCCACAGAACUGACCACCACAGCUGUCUCAACCUCAGGGCCAGAGGACAUCUGCUCCAGCAGCAGUUCUCAUGAGCGGGGUGGUGAGGCUACAUGGUCUGGGUCAGAGUUUGAGGUCUCCUUCCUGGACAGCCCAGGUGCCCAAGCCCAGGCGGACCACCUGCCUCAGCUGACUCUUCCUGACAGUCUCACCUCUGCAGCCUCACCAGAAGAUGGGCUGUCCGCCGAGCUGCUUGAAGCUCAGGCUGAGGAGGAACCAGCAAGCACAGAGGGCCUAGAUACUGGGACGGAGGCUGAGGGGCUGGACAGCCAGGCCCAGAUCUCUACCACAGAAUAACACCCUGGGCUGUGACAAGGCCCAUGAUGACAUUUCAUGAGGCCCAGAUGUGGGCAGGCAGCCGGGGCUGCACUAUGCGGUCAGGAUUCUUUGCUGCUUCGGUGGGGCAUGAGGCCUCAGUGGGUGGUGAGAGGGGGCCAUGGGCCUUGUGGGAGGAUAUCUUUUGGCUGUGUACCCUCAGGUCCAGUGCUUGGUCCUGCUCUGGUCACUGGGGCUUCCCAGGAGGCAGCAGGGUCUGGUCAUAAUCCAGUGUGAAGAUGAGGUGAGGAAGGAAGGGGUUGCUGUCCAGUGUUGGCCUGGUCGCUUUGAUUCUUCCUGCACAGCUCAGCCCACCCCAUCUGUACUGGAAGGGACCCUGGAGCCCUGGGACCACCCCCUUUCAAGUCCCAAACACAGUCCUCUGUCAUGUGUCCUUGUCCCUAGGCUACAAUGCUACACUUGGCUCAGGCUGAUCACCAUGCUAGUCACAGGAGGGAGAGAGAGGCAGUGUACUUGCCCCCCUCUCCUGGAGGGAGGUGGGUUGGAAAUUCUAGGACCUUCAGCAGAGACCCAUUUGUGCCCAGACCACAAUAUUUCUUCUUCCUCAGGGCCUACAUGCCACAGACCUGUAUCCCCAGUGGCAACUCCUGUUAGCUCCCAAACUUAAACAGUGAUCUCUUCUAAAUAUACAAGGCAUCUACCCAGCCCCAAUAGUGAAUAAAAGUCACAAAUUUAAGUUCAACACCCUAAGCAAUUUCUCAAAGCCAGUCUACCUGACUAGGUCUAUCCACGCACGGUUCCCAACCCCAAGGGGGAAUUAGGGGAAUAGAUUAAGAGUAGGUAAAGACCCUUUUGUUCUUUCCUGUUGUAGGGGAGGAGGCUGUUCUCCCCACCCCAGGUGCCUUUGAAGGUUAAGGCUAGGUUAGGCCCUGCACUCCAUCUGGGGACGGCCCCUCAUCACCUGAAGUCCUCUGCUGUGUUGACUGGCCCUCACUUCCCACACUGCUAAUUACUAUGAAAGCUGCUCUGGCCUCGUCUUCUAGCCUGUGCCUAGUUGAAAGUCUCACCUUUACAGGAUCAUUUGUAAUGCUGGUGUACAUGCAGGGAACUCACAAGCUGUGUCAGGUAUGCAGGACAAGGAAUGUCUGCUCUGGGGGGCACAGGCCAACUAUAUGGAGGGAGGGUCCCAAAUUAGCAAACCCUUCAUUUAAAGCAAACCCUUGUCAAGCCUACCAGAGCAGCUGAUACGUGUGCAUAACAGUGAGGCAUUGUGUCCUGGAUCGUCUGGGAGCCCAGUGUCAAGUCUGCAGGAAUGCAGGAAGUAGAGCAGAAUCGCCACAGGACUGUUCUGGGGCCAGCUUCCCUUAACUCUGUAGGCAGUCUGACCCAAAGUUGCCCUCACCCGAAGGUUCUGGCUCUUCCCUCCCUCACUUUUACUUUCCCUUCCCCCAUAAGUUGGAGGAUAAAAUGGGUAUCAAUGCUAAUAUUUCCAGGGAGAACAUGAAACCAGAGGUUUCUUUCUUUCUCUGUAAUCUGCUAUGAAAGAAAAUAACAAAUGAAAAUAAAUGUGUACUACACUUUGAAA